GCCAUAAUGAACAUCCGCAAUGCACGGCCAGAAGACUUAAUGGACAUGCAGCACUGCAACCUCCUCUGCCUGCCGGAGAACUACCAGAUGAAGUACUACUUCUACCAUGGCCUUUCCUGGCCCCAGCUCUCUUACAUCGCUGAGGAUGAGAACGGGAAGAUUGUGGGCUAUGUCCUGGCCAAAAUGGAAGAGGACCCCGAUGAUGUCCCCCAUGGACAUAUCACCUCACUGGCUGUGAAGCGUUCACACCGCCGCCUAGGCCUGGCCCAGAAGCUCAUGGAUCAGGCCUCGCAGGCCAUGAUUGAGAACUUUAGUGCCAAGUACGUGUCCCUGCAUGUGAGGAAGAGUAACCGGGCUGCCCUGCACCUCUAUUCCAACAUGCUCAACUUCCAGGUCAGUGAGGUGGAACCCAAGUACUAUGCGGAUGGGGAAGAUGCCUUUGCCAUGAAGCGAGAUCUCUCGCAGUUAGCUGAUGACCUGAGACGGCAGCUGGAGUUGAAGGAGAAGGGUGGCUCUGUGCUGGCCUGCAGGGAGACUAAGGGUACCCUGCUCCCUGGGGCAGAAGAGAGCAACCCAGCGAAGAGCCUUGCCAAGAACAGUGGCAGUGACAGCAAGGAAACGUGCAAGUCCCCUGAGGUGCCCGAAGUCCAGAACAGCUCUGAAGACUCUUGA